AUGAGCUCAAGGCAUCUUAAAGACUUUGAGGCUUUGAUCAGCUAUUUGCAGAUCAGGCAAAUAAUACUUCUCAGAUCUAAGGAAGACCUCAGUAGGACAUCUGAGGAGCAGAGGAAAUCUGCCAGAUUCAUUUCCACCAUCUUUAUCAGUCUUCCCAAUAGAAGAAACAAAAAAGACACAGCGGAGGAAAAAACACUGAAAACUACAACUAACCUCACACAUGAAGCCGUAAAGAACACAGCUAAUCAACACCACACAGAGCUAAGGGACGUGCUUUCACAAACUGACCAAUGUGGCGAAUCAACUGGUGAAUUAUUUAAGAAUGGGGAUGGGCCAAAAGCAAGCUUUGAUGAAGACAGUUUUACCACUCUGCAUCAACGUGGGACAAAGCAGGGACAAAAUACAGGAAUACAACACGACAUAGGCAUUCAUGAACAAACACAAAUUGUCCACAACAACUCACAAAGACAUUCUACUCAUCCUGUUUGUGAGGUUCAAACAGAAUUCAACACGGAAUCUGGAGCCAACGACUGUAGAGAGAAUGCUGCAACAACUCCACAAUACCACAGUAAUCUGACCUCCCUUGAAGUUGACAAUGGUCUAAAAGCAAGCACUGAUUCCCAGUUUUUUGCACACCAUUCAGAAGUUGCAAACCAGGUCUUGUCAUUAGACUAUUUACCUGCUCCUCAUUCUGAAAAUACCCCUGAGCCAGAACCUGGACUUAUCAAUCCUACAUCAGCUAUGUUGUCAUCAGCCCUGGCCUCAGUUCUUGUUCCACCUUGGAGUGGCCGCCUUCGAAGACCCAAGCAAGGCGGAAACGAAGUACAGCAUGAACCCCAAGAUUGUGGACAGAAUAUGAACCCAUCUACCUUAUUUCGCCAGGAUCGGCAGCAACAACCGUUUCUUCCUUCCCAGAGGCGACCAUCUGAACACAUGUUGGCCAAUGACAAUGACAUGCAGUUGGCUGCAGGAACCAGCUAUAUCUCUCCUGACUGGCAAAAAGAGAACAAUUCCCCGAACUUCACAACCAAAAUACAGCCAAAGAGACCCAUUACCGAGUCCUCCUCUGUGGGCAUGAUGUACAAUAAUGCAGAUUUGCAUCCUUUUCCCACACCUCUGGACACUCGUCAGGUACCAAAUUUGGCCCAUUCAGGGUACAGAAUAUCAAACACUGGAGAUGAACAUGAGUCUUUCAAAUCAUUGAGCUCUAAGCCAACAACAAGCAGCCUACUUCUUUCCUUGAGGAGGUCAAAUUUGAGAAACUCCAGUGCUGAGCCCACACAAUCAGAGACUCAGAUGACUAGGUCUGUCAGGUCCCUUACGUUGCCUAGCAGAGUUGUUCUGAAAACUCCAUCAUUUGCCCAUCCUGUUACCGCUGAUGCCCAAACCCCCGAAUACCCAGACACUCCUGCAAGAACAGAGAAAAUACCAGUCAGUCAGUUCCCUUUCUCACCUAGAAUUAGGAGUAGAGUGCCAUUAAGGGCAUCACUGUUUCUAAACAAACCAGAGACAGAAAUUUCAAAGAGACUAGAAGCUUCUAUUGCCAAAGCAGAGGAGGAACAUUUCCCACACUCCACAACCAAAACCAGCCAACUUGGGGUUCUCAGAGCCCAAGAACGUUCUUAUUCAGUUCUUUUGAGGGAAUAUUCCAGUACAGAAGACACAGAUGCAGUGGAACAAAAUACUGCCAACAACACCAACCUGCAAUACUCCAAUAUGACCAAACAACAAAUAUCUCCAGAUACCACAAUUUCUCCCAAAGAUUCAACAAAUUUUAAUGUUCAACAAUCUGGCUUUAAUGUCCAAAAAUUUAAAUCACAAAGCACACACAAUAUAAUAGCCAGCAGUUCUUCGGGCACAAGCACCUUCAUAGACAGGCUCAACUACUCACCCAGGAAAGACUCUUCUGUAGAUGGAACAAGUCCCACAAAUAUAUAUCUGGACUCUAAGAAAUAUUCUCAGUCAAGUCAAAGCACGAUGGAUCUUUCGAGCCCUCUUUCUCCAAGCAGACCUCUCAGAAGUGUAAGAGUACCGAGCAUUUAUUCAUACCUACGGGAGUACAGCCCGGUGGUGUCCACCCCUUCCCCUUCCACCCCUUCUUCCCACAUACAGAGAGGUGAAACAUCGCCUCCUAAGCAAGAUAGAGGCGUAACACUGCAGGGUGACCGGAAAACACUUCCCUCAAAAUUUUCAUUUGACUUCAACCCAUUUGUGCCACAGGUACAAGUGUUACAAAGAAGCUCUUAUGGCUCUCAUAUAGCACCAGCUCAAUCUCUGCCUCCUGAUUUUGGACGAAAAUCAGCACCUCGUCUCAGUACAUCUCCAUAUUCUAGCCUCAUCUCCUCACGACCUACACUCAACAACACUUUACAAGAACUACCCUCUCCACCUGUGCCCAAAACUCAUACCCAAUCUACAUCUUAUGAUAUUGUAACCACUCCUGCAGACUUCAUAAAAAGUGAUCCAAGCUCUUCACUGUCCACAUACACAAGCAUAAUAAGAAGACCAAAGGAACAGUUUGCUUCUUCUAACAGAGAACAGAGGACAGCAGUUCAAGCUUACACAAGCGCCCUAGAUAAUCACAAACCUGCCCAGCCAUGCCUCUUACAAACUGCACCAGAUGCAAGUUUUGUCAUGGAAAGCCAAAGCGCUAAUAUAAGCCCACACCCAAGGCAGCCCAACACAGGCUCUAACAACUUCUUUCAUCAGGAGCAUGAUGGCCUGAUGGAACUUCAGCUUGAUAAGGGUAAUGCAUACCCCAAGCACAAGCUGAGUGAGAAAGGUAAGUAUUUAUUACCUGAUAAGCUCACAGUAGAAAGUGAGACUCCACUGACAGCUGAGAAAGAGAUUCCUGCUGUGCAUAUGCAUGAGAGAUUGCAGGAAAUGCAAAGUUCCAAUUCAAAAAAAGCCCUCUUUAGUUCACGAGUUAAGAAAGACAAAGAAGCUGUCUUCUCUUCAGCUUCUUUGCCAGACAAAGAGGUUGUUAGUCCCCAGUAUUUAAAAACCAAAAGACAUUUGCCAGUGUUUAGAACGAGCAGCAGGAUUGACCAGAUGUUAAAUCGCUUGAAACUGACAUUUGGUGUCAAACGUUCAGACAGCUCACUUGACACACUACCAAAAAAGAACAAGAGUCCCACUCAGCACCCCUCAGAUACUGAGACUUUUGAAAGUCCCAAGACAGAGGAGAAAACAUGUUCUGAGAGCCACCCGGCACCCUCAAACUCCUCUUUAACAACUGAUAAAACCUCUUUAGGUUCCUUGUCAAUACUAACAUUAAAGAAAUCUGAGAGUACAUUAAAUAUGAGUGGACAAAAUAAGUCUAAGGCUGAAAUAAAUUAUUCUGGGUCCACACGGGAGGUCCCCAACUCGUCCUUGACCAUCGAUAAAGCAUAUUUUGCCUCUUUUGGGUCCUUGUUGCCACUUACAUUAGAGAAAUCUGAGAAUACUUUAAAUAUGGACUGGCAAAAUAGAUCUACAACUGAACAAAAGGGUUCUGGGUGCACAUGGGAGGCUCCCAGCUCAUCUUUGACCACCAAUAAAGCAUCUUUUGCAUCUUUGACGCCACUUACAUUAAAGAAAUCUGGGAAUACGUUAAAAAUUAAUUGGCAAAACAGAUCUACAACUGAACAAAAGGGUUCUGGGUACACAUGGGAGGCCCCCAACUCAUCUUUGACCACCGAUAAAGGCUCUUUUGCUUCUUUUGGGUCUUUGUCGCCACUUACAUGCAGGAAAUCUGAGAAUACUUUAAAUAUGGACUGGCAAAACAGAUCUACAACUGAACAAAAGGGUUCUGGGUGCACAUGGAUGGCCCCCAACUCAUCUUUGACCACCGAUAAAGCCUCUUUUGGGUCCUUGUCACCCUUAACAUUAAAGAAAUCAUCUGAGAAUAAAUUAAAUGUUGAUCAGCAAAAGAGGCAUAGCGAUGAAAAUGGAAACCGGUCUUAUGGUAGAAGCUUUAGUCCACAUAGGCAAAAGGCCCAAAGUAUGAAUCGUUCUGCCACCUUGCCACAUUACAGAAAAUCCUCUGUCGGUCCCUCAUCGCCCUUUUAUUUGUUUGAUUUUGAUUCAGAAGACAUUCAGAAUGACAAUGUGUUUUAUAGUCCAUUGAGCAAAAAAACUAAUUCACUUUGUGAGUCUGAUGACUUCUCUCCUCAGAGCGCCACCAAGAGUCCUGUGCAGCAAAACCUUGUGAGGUCUCGCUUGUCCUCAUCAUGUGCUGAUUUAAAGUAUGGUCUACACAGUGGACGAUCUUUCUCAGUAAGCAGUGUGGUUUCAAGCCGCCCAUCAGGUCCUGGACGAAUCUCAACAAGCAGCAUCAGCGACCUCUCAAGUUUGGAUGACUUUCAGUCAAAGGGGAAUUAUACAAUAGUUGACUCUCCAAUGAGUAGUAGCCAUUCCCCAAUCUAUGAUGCAAAACCUAUCACUGGUAAACAGUCUCAAUCUGGAUAUACAGAUAAUCUUGAUCUUGAUCAUGAUGAUGCAGACCCAACCCCACCUCCAUCUCCAACUAUGUCCUCUUCACCUCGUCGGAUAUCCCAGGCUCCUUCUGUGUCUUCCCCCAUAUGGACAACUCCAGAAAAUCUGUCUCCUCCUCGUGGAAUCCUGUCAUCAAGGAGCUACACAACCAGCAUGACUGUUUUUGAGGAGUCUGAUUCUGACACCACAACCGAUGAUGAAUACUAUCUUGAUAAUGGUGAUGCGGUAGAAACAGAACUUUAGAGGAGAGAAUUGUAUGUUGUUCAAUUCCAUCAUGUUACCGGGGGGGGGGGGUCUAAGCAUAGGGUCUUCUAUGACAAAGCUGCAGCAAAAUUAGGCCUCUGUCAAACCAAUCUAAAUUGUAAAAACAACUAGAAAUCCAGAUUGUAUAUGAACAGAAGAAAUUAUAAUUAUAUCAGAACCGUAAGACCAUGUUGAUUUCAUAUUUCUUGUUAUAAAUUAAAUAUAAUGGAUUUUUGAAUACUUUAGUGCUUGAGGAUAACAAUGUUUGAUUUCAUUAUGAAUGUAUUUACAAUACAGUACAAUGCACUGUUUCAUUAGUUUUUUAUACAUAUAUAUUUUCUGGAUCUUGAGGCUUUGAAAUGGUGAAUUCUCAUGUCAUUCCUUUUAUUGAGGCCUGCCUCCUGUAGGUUAUUGGCUGUUUCAUUCACUGUGGCAUUUGAAAGAAAAGCGUGUCAGUCACAAUACAUUAUUUUCCUGACAGACAUUAUAUAGUCAGAAGCUGCCAAUCAAGAAACUGAACCCCAACUAUGUUUAAUAUAUGUAUUUGAAU